CUUCCGGAAACAACAGACGAUAAUAAUGAAAAAAAGCAAGAUCAUUUGAAGAUCCUAAUCUAGAUUCUAGAUCUAGAUUCUAGAUCUAGUAUUAGAUCUACCAUAAAAUCUCUAUUUCUCUCAGGAAAUACUCUUUGUAAAUUUUAAUUGAAAGAUAAUUGAAAUGCUGGUUACUAUCUUAAAGUAUCUUUCAGUCACCAAAACAUACAAUUUAAAAAUAACACUCGAACUUUGUCUUGAAUGAAUUUGGUUGAUUGAUUCGAUUGAGUUUCUCAUCAACUCAAGCAGUUCUGUGUUCCAUAGGAACAAUCUCGGAAGCUUCUGUCCAAGCCCAGGUUUUCAGAAUGACUGUUUGAAUGAAAUCACCAAUGCAAGUUACAGGCCCAUUGGUGGCUGAGCAUCACCUUGAGACUGCAGUGAUGGCGCGUAAAAAAUGGACUUCAUUCUAUCCCACAGCUGGCAUCUGUUUGCUUCUUUUCAUUUUUGUAAACAUCACUGUCUGGUGGCUGGCUCCGAGCUUUGUUGGCUCCAAGCUGAGCCGCAACCUGCCCCCAGAGCUGCAGAGCCCUGACACUGUCACGCUGACGACCAGCUCUCCAGAGGCAGACCCCCGGGAUUUAAACUGUACUUUUCAUAACUUCACCUGCUUAGAAGUUUAUCAUUGUGGAUAUGAUGAUAAGACUGUCAUCAGUAUUUACAUCUACCCCAUACAGCAGUAUUAUGAUGAGAUGGGGAAUGACAUAACACCCCCCAUGUCCAGAGAGUUUGAGGAGAUGCUGAGAGUCAUAUCCCAGAGUCCCUAUUACACCAAGGAUCCAGAGACUGCCUGCUUUUUCAUUCCUUCCAUAGACUUACUCAAUCAAAACUGGGUCAAGUCACCACAUCAAAUUAGCCAGAUCCUAGCUAGUCUAAAGUGGUGGAACCUGGGCAAAAAUCACCUGUUGUUCAACAUGCUGCCAGGUACUUCACCUGACUACACAAACUAUUUGUCUCUCAACACAAGCAAAGCUAUGGUGGUUGGGGGAGGUUUCUCUUCUAUAACCUACCGCAGGACCUUUGAUGUCACGGUCGCAGUGUACAACCCUCUACUGGAGGAUGUUCACCUACAGCCAACAUCACCCCUUGAAGAGCGCAAGUGGUUUUUGGUUUCAACCCAGUUUGGUUUAAAUUCAGUGUAUAAAACAAAAAUUGAAGGUUUAGCUAAGGCCGACACUAAAGUGCUUGUAGUAGAGCGGUGCGGGCAGACAUUCAACUAUUCUGUCAGGUGUGAUUCACAGGGCCAUGAGUUUGCCUACCCUGGUAUUUUACAGGAAGCAACCUUUUGUUUGGUUGUCCGUGGCAACCGGCUUGGUCAGCCAUCACUUAUGGAUGUCCUGAUGGCUGGUUGUAUUCCUGUCGUUGUGGCUGAUGGCUAUUUGCUGCCCUUCCAUGAGGUCUUAGACUGGACUAGGGCAUCUGUCCACAUCCAUGAAGAAGAGCUGUCUGAUGUUCUGGCUAUACUAAAGAACUACAGCAUGGAGCGUGUGCUGGACAUGCGCAAGCAGGUGCAGUUCUACUGGGAGAGAUACUUCAACUCCCUCGCAAACAUCACACUAACUGCGGUCAAGAUCAUCAACGAUAGGGUCUUUCCAUUUGAUGCCAGAACUUAUGACCAGUGGAACGAGCUACCCAAUAAGAAAGCCAUAAAGAGUCCCCUUUUUCUACCGUUGAGGGCCCCCAAAUCUCUGGGCUUCACGGCAGUUAUUUUAACCUAUGACCGGAUUGACUCCUUGUUUCAAGUGGUCCGCCAGGUUGGCAAAGUUCCCAGUCUGGCUAAAAUCAUUGUUGUCUGGAACAAUCAGGAGAAGGUGCCGCCCCCAAUAUCAGACUGGCCAAACACUGGGAAACCUAUUAAAGUUAUCACAACAAAAUACAAUCGUCUGAGUAACAGAUUUUACCCCUAUGAUGAAAUAGAAACAGAAUGUAUCCUGGCACUAGAUGAUGACAUUGUCAUGCUGACACCUGAUGAAAUAGAGUUUGGAUUUGAGGUGUGGAGAGAAAAUCCAGACAGACUUGUUGGUUAUCCGUCCCGCCUCCACAUCUGGAAGAAUGAUAGCCAGAGCUAUAGCUACGAGUCUGAGUGGAUGAAUGCUAUCUCCAUGGUGCUGACAGGGGCUGCCUUCCACCACAAGUAUUUUUCGUACAUGUACACAUAUGGAAUGCCAGGUAACCUAAAGCAGUGGGUGGAUGAACACAUCAACUGUGAGGACAUCGCCAUGAAUUUCCUGGUUACAAAUGUCACUGGCAAAGCACCAAUCAAGGUGGUCCCCCGUAAGAAGUUCAAAUGUCCUGAGUGUGUGAAGGAGAUGCUGUCAGCUGACAUGUCCCACAUGGUGGAGAGGUCAGAAUGCAUCAACUAUUUUGUUGAGCUCUACGGCUCCAUGCCACUCCGGCCCAUUGAGUUCAGAGCUGACCCGUGCUUAUAUAAGGACAAGCUGCCUGGUGUGCUGAAGAAAUACACAGACCUUGGAACCUUAUGAUCUGGCGUGGGACACAAUUUGUCUGUGAAUGUGGUUGUCGUGUGAUACAAUUUUUCUGUGAGAGAAUGUGGUUGUCGUGUGAUACAAUUUGUCUGUAAGAGAAUGUGAUCUGUCGUGGGACACAAUUUGUCUGUAAGAGAAUGUGAUCUGUCGUGGGACACAAUUUGUCUGUGAAUGUGGUUGUCGUGUGAUACAAUUUGUCUGUGAGAGAAUGUGGUUGUCGUGUGAUACAAUUUGUGAAUGUGGUUGUCAAUUAGUGAGAUUGUGAUUUGUGUUUAUGCCAUGGUAGUUUGCCCAGAGCCAUUAAAGUUUUCUACACUUCCUGCCUUGGACUGUUCAGUUCUAGAGAUUAUGUAUUGCUCAUUUCCCUGCAAUGUGCACUAAAAUCUCUUUUCUCUAGAUCAGUGUUUCUUUCAAACAUUUUUCUCCUUGGAGCAGAGGGGUCGUAACCUUACAGGGGGGGGGGACAUAAUUUGUAAAUAAAUUCUGUUUUGUUCAGGUGAGAGUUAGACAUACUUUCCAGAAGAGAUACCUGAAAGAAACUCUGCUCUAUGGAACCAUUAAUCUAUCUUUUAAUUUGUGGGAUACACAAGCAGUUUUUAAUGUAAACUAUGGGCUACAUGAGUAUGAUUUUUUUGUAAGACUGAUCUGAAAUUUUGUUUUACUCAAUUGCUAUAUUAAAAAAUGUUUUUGUUUUUUUAUUCAUAUUUGUAAUAAUUAUGCCAUUUUGCUUUACUAAAUAAUGUGCAAUUUAAAAUUUAGCAUUGAUUGUAUAUUUAAAAACAUGUUUAGCUUUGAUUUUGAAGCAGCACAACCAUUUUACAUUGUCUGAUAGUGAUGAGAAGAAAGCUUCUUGUCUUAUAGAACACCUCCAGAGAGAGAAAUGUAUUUGUUUUCAUGUUUUGUUCACCAGCACUAGCUUGUCUACAUUGAGACUCAGGGUGCUGAAGUUAUGUCAUGCCAAGAUGGUGGAUUAUCUGUCAGCCAUAGAAUGUAAUUUGUAACUCUGAUAGUUUUUUUGUGAUAGAUUAUGAUUCAAUCACACAUUUUAAUUCAAUAUAUGUUUAUAUUAUCACUUGGGCAAAUGUAUUUAUUUAAAGAAAUUUGUUUUAAAGUGUCUAUGAAUGUGAUACUAGCAACCCCCCCCCCCCCCUUUGAAUGUACAUAUUAGACCAGCUCUGGAAGUCCUACAUACUGUUGUGUCUGUAGUUCUUUGUGACAGUCAGUGUAAGAAAUGGCUAACUUGACAUUUUAGGAAAAUUCAUAAGUUUAGGGUCUAGGUAAUAAGUUUCAUGGCAAAGCUAGGAGGUAACCUCCCUUUGGCUGUUUUAAAUUAUGUUUGUUCAACUUAUUUUUUACCUAUUAAGCCACCAUCAUCUUAACUGUAAACAUGUUUUUUUGUAUACAUAUUGUUGAGUGGGACACAAGAGGGCCAGAUAAAUUUUGAAACACUUGAGUAGCUUGGUUAUUUCACUUGUGGUUUGAUGUCAAUUUGAUGAUGUAAAUAAAAUCUAUUAUUCAUAACAUA